AACACAUGAUACAACGGAACUGUAAUGUCUACUUGUCCCAUUCCUAUCGGAGCACUAAGGAUGUUGCACUUUCAACUUCCGGCACUUGUUUGACUCGCAGUACGAAACAAGGUUGCGUGUUAUAUAGAUAACACUUUUAAUGCUUUAAAUGGCCGCGUUAUUAAAUCUAGGUAGGUGCUGUGGAACAAGAGUCCUAUAAAGUUUGCUGGGAGAUCAACGUCACUGUACUAUGUUCAAAAAGAUGACUGAAUUUGGUCCAGAUUCCGGGGGACGAGUUAAGGGAGUGACUAUUGUGAAGCCCAUUGUGUUUGGAAACGUUGCUCGUUACUUUGGGAAGAAGAGAGAGGAGGAUGGACACACACACCAGUGGUCAGUCUACGUGAAGCCUUACAGAAAUGAGGAUAUGUCUGCUUAUGUGAAGAAGAUCCAGUUUAAGCUACAUGAGAGCUACGGUAACCCACUGAGAGUGGUGACAAAGCCUCCAUAUGAGAUUACAGAAACGGGCUGGGGCGAGUUUGAGAUUGUCAUCAAGAUUUUCUUCAUUGAUCCCAAUGAGAGACCUGUGACACUGUACCAUCUGUUGAAGCUUUUCCAGUCAGAUUCCAGUGCCAUGCCUAAGAAGACAGUUGUCUCUGAAUUCUAUGAUGAAAUGAUCUUCCAGGAUCCUACAGCCAUGAUGCAGCAGCUACUGACUACAUCAAGACAGCUGACCCUGGGAGCAUACAAGCAUGAGACAGAGUUCAGUGAGCUGGAGCAGAGGACCAAGGAGAAAAUGGAAGCAGCAAAGAAAAGAACCAGUCAGGAGAUUGCAGAGCUGAAAGACAAACUCAAAGCCAGCAGAGAAAGCAUCAACUACUUGAAGGCAGAGAUCAGGAAACUCGAGGAGGACGGAGACCACAAGGAGCAUUGAAAAAUGUACUAACACAACACACACACGGACAUAAUUAUCCGGCAGGACUUCUGACUUCAUCCCUGCUUUGGAAAAGAGAGGAAAAAAGCAUUUUUAACUUAAACUUCCAAUACUGGAUUGUACCAAGACCUUAAUAUUAGUGUUUUGGUUGUUUUUUUACAGCGGUACACAAAAAAACAUCAGAAUCUUAAGAGUGUUCUAAGCUGACCUGCUUUCAACUGAAACAAAGAUUUUGUAAUUACCUGUUAUUGCUUUUUUAUUUGUUUUUUUUUCCAUGUUGGCUGAAUUAAAGUGGAAAAAAAU